UUACGACUAAUCUCACCUCAUUUAUGUGACUUAAUACUUUGAUCAAAGCCAUCAAACCGGUUCACUCCACACCUCACCGGUUUCCGACUGUGUUGACCCGGUUCUCUGAUACUUGCCGAGUUUUGAGUCCGAGUCGGAUAGCCAAUCGAUCUGUGAUUCGGAUCGAUUCUUCGUCUUCCACAAUUCCGGAGAUUGGUAUGACGUCGGGGGCGAGGCUUCCGACUUGGAAGGAGAGAGAGAACAACAAGAGGAGAGAGAGACGACGGCGGGCGAUCGCGGCGAAGAUCUUCGCCGGACUGAGGAUGUACGGGAACUACAAGCUCCCCAAGCACUGCGACAAUAAUGAGGUCUUGAAGGCUCUCUGCAACGAAGCUGGUUGGAUCGUUGAAGAAGAUGGCACCACUUACAGAAAGGGAUGCAAACCUAUGGAUCCCAUGGAUAUUAUGUGUCGAUCAGCUUCCACAAGUCCUUGUUCAUCAUACCACCAAAGUCCGUGUGCAUCCUACAAUCCCAGUCCUGCUUCAUCUUCCUUCCCAAGCCCGGUCUCAUCCCAUUUUGCUGCAAUCACUAAUGGUAAUGCUGAUGCCAACUCUCUCAUCCCAUGGCUCAAAACCCUUUCGUCUAGUUCAUCCUCGGCGUCAUCCACACUUCUCCACCAUCUCAACAUCCAUAGUGGUUCUAUAAGUGCUCCAGUCACCCCACCAUCUAGCUCGCCUACUGCUCAAACCCCCCGAAUGACAGAAAAUUGGGAUGACAGAACUACUGGUCUAGCCUGGACUGGUCAGCACUGCACCUUCCUACCCUCUUCCACCCCACCAAGUCCUGGCCGCCAAACACCGCUUGAUUCGGGAUGGUUCUCUGGUAUGCAAACUCCCCUGGAAGGACCAUCAUCUCCGACAUUCAGCCUUGUCUCGCCAAACCCAUUUGGGUUCAAGGAGGCAUUUUAUGGUGGAGGGUCUAGGAUGUGGACUCCUGGGCAAAGCGGGACAUGCUCUCCAGCAGUUGCAGCGGGUUCAGAUCAGACGGCAGAUAUUCCAAUGUCAGAUAGCAUUUCAGCUGAGUUUGCAUUUGGCAGUAAUACCAAUAAUACCAAAGUGCUAGUAAAGCCAUGGGAAGGGGAGAGGAUUCACGAGGGAUGUGCUCCCGACGACCUUGAGCUUACACUGGGAACCAGAUAGGUAGAUGUGAGGGGAGGAAAGAAAUAUGCAUGUAUUAUGUCCUGAAUUCAAGUGUUCCAGUUGGCGGACCUGGGUAGUGUUCACAGAGAGCAGGCGCAGUUGUUCUUUCUUCCCAAGGAGAAGCAAAACAUGGAAAUUAAAAUUAUAUAUAUACUUCAUAUAGAUCCUUGUUUUACUCCCAUGACCCCAACCCCCAAUUUUCAUUCAAAAAUUAAUUUACACGACAGCAAUGAUACGCGGAUGUUAUUUGUGAUAUUGAUUUUGUAAUUUAAAUGAGUUGUGAACGUCAAGAUUAAUUGGUUGGUUAUAGAGCUCAGAUUACCCUACUAGUCUCUAUGAUUUUUCACAUUUCCGUGUCCAUUCUACUUCUUCUUUACAUUGUGGUGAGACGUUGGAUCUUCAAGGCACACGAACUGUACUGUAUAAAUUGGAAUUGCCUGAAAUAUGGCAAACUGUUUUAAUGAUAUUGAAUACAUAUCGUGGAGUGUGUGA